UAUUGUGAUUAGCACAUGAUAUGGUGGGGGCACUGGGUAGGCAGUAUAGCACAGAGAAAAGACAAGUAGUGACUAGCAUCUUACUAUGCUGAUGGGGGGUCGUGGGGUGGAACGUGUAAUACUGGUGAAUGUAGUAGCCACAGUGUUGCUCAUGUGAAACCUUCGUAAGAUUGUAUAUCAGCGAUACCUUAAUAAACACUGGGUGUGAGCCUGGCUACCGCGUCACCUGGGUGCGCUUUACAAUUGUGGGAUCUCAGCUCCUCCCUGCACCUCCCACAUCAGGAUCUGCAUCUUACUUAUUUUCAUAAGGUGAUUUGGGAACACCUCACAGUCUGAGAUGGCUUGGGCAGGAGGUCACUGUCUCUGGCCUGCUGGGCUGGGAGGUAGUGCUGGGGACGACCUCUUGGGUCCUUGCCUGCGAUAUGGUUCUGAGCAUCUCCAUGAGCCCUCGUUGCCUCCUUGUCUCUUCUGCCUAUGGCAGAUUCAGUCAUACUUCCACUUAGGCAAAAUUUCACAUUUUAAACUAUCCAAGGCUAAUUUUAUGUUAAAUCACUUGAUUUUGUUUUGCAAGGCUUCCUGCUUGCUAUAGGCAUAGUUAUGAGGAAGUAGAAUUUCUUCAGAAGCAAGUGCCCAUGUAUUCCAAAGUAAAGCAAACCUAAAACAGGAAACAUCGGAGGCUUUAAGGAAGGAAUUAAAUCUAAUCCCGAAAUGCUUUUGUGGGCACUGAUUGCCUAGGUGUCUGUGUCUGUUUGAGUGUGAGGGAAGAGGGGGUACAGCUUUCAGACAGGUGUGUAUACAAAAAUAGCUGCAUGCUGAGCUUAACAUACGCAGUCUUCAAGGAGACCCAAAAGUCACCAAACGCUGACUUCAGAGCUGCCAAGAAAGAUGAGCAGCUGCAGAGCUGAGAGAAGCGCUGGUCAGCCUGCAGAAUGCUCCUGCCCCUCAGCCUGUCCUGCUGAUGCUCUUUGGGGUCACAGCCACUGCUGCUCUUUGCCUGGAGGGGGGCCUCAGGAGCCACAACAGCAGGCAUAUGCAGGAAGUGACAGAAAUAAAGAAAAACAGCCUCUUGAGUUUCCCUACUUGGCAGUACAAACAGAUCUCCCAAGCCAGUGCGGCUCCCUUCACAGGAGGAGAAGCCAGGAAGGUGUCCAAAUGGCAGGAAGGGCUGUCCCUUCAAAAGUCUACGCAAGGAGAUGAAACGCCCUGCAGGAGUUUCUUCUGGAAGACCUCCUGCAAAUGGAACUCCACCAGCGACCACUCACGCACAGUGGGAUUAUGUGUCCGCAUAAAAUGUAGUGAGCAGCUGUGAGUUUUCUUCAUUAUGCACUUGUCUUCUCUUUCCCAUGUAAUUUGAGAAGUAUUUAAACUCCAAAAGUGUCCGAUACUGAGUGUCUUGAGUAAUUUGGAACCCAAAGCGAACAUUUUUGGUAAGGAUUUUUGUCUUUUUUACUUUACCAAACUCAGUGUAGCCAUCAGCCUUUCCUUCCGCCUUCACUAUGUGCUUAGAAGUUGCUCUGUCCUUGUUUUCCUUUCUUGGAUUUAAAAUAGCUAAAGGUUACAUAUUUAAGAGUUCAGAAUGACAUCUUAUUUCACUUUAUGUUUAUAUAACUUUGUCUACUUUAAAAAAUACUUCCCUCAAAUGAAAAGCAAAUUUUUGACAUUGCCUCAAGAGCAAAAUGAUUAUUCCUUAUGUUUUAGCCACAAUUAACUUAAAAACAAAUGUCAGGUUAUUAACAAUGUCAUGCUGACAUACUUAAGAGAGUUGCCUUUGAAAGUGUUACUGUGAAAAGCCCAUACUAAUUUUAAUCAGUAAGGUAGUAGUAGUUUGUUACAGUUCUUGUGGAUCAGCUUCAGGUUUGCUUUAUGAGGAAUGAAGUCUAUUUAUAAAAUAAAGUCUUACUUCAGUCCAAAUACAGUAAGGGAUGCUGCUGCCUCCCUGGAGUCUGCUGGCUCCACCUUCUACUACAGGGGCCCCCAGAGCCUCAGGAUCCAGACUGUGUUCCUUGACAGAUACAUAGAUGCUGAUGUACACUAUGUGUAUAAUUGUUAUAUUUCCACACUCCUCAGUAAUCUAAGAUAGUGAAUAAUGGUUAAAUGAUGGGGAUUCCUGUUUCUCUGCAAAGCCCCAUGAAGAUCAGGAUGCCAGUCUCCCCAAAUGAAGUUAGGAGUAAAUAAGCCACUCAGUUACAAACCUUAAUCAAAUUUUGAUUAAUUCCCCAUUGCACUGAAAUCCUAGUUUGAUUGCACAUAUUAUGAUUCUUGAAUCAUAGGCUCUAAGGAAAAUUAUCCGUAUGAAGGUUUUUAGAUAAUUUCUGGAGUUAAGGAGGUUCUGAGGGUCAAGCCUAAUGCUGGGCAAACCGGCAGAGGCUGGCUGGAGGAUACUAAUAGUAUUCUCUUCUCUGGACACCAGGGGAGCGGACUCGCGGAGUAUGACUGCUGACCGUUCUGUUCUGUUUUCCACAGAGCUGAGCUCAUAUUCAUAAUGACUAGCUGAGUAAAGUAUAAUGUGAUGGAAGAGCCUUAAUAGCAUCCACAUUUCCAAACACAGCAGCUUUAGGAAACCAGUAACUGGGUCAGUGCACAAAGGAAGAUGCCUGCCAGAAAGGCCAGCUAACCUUCAGAACUUUGCCUUUUAAGAUUUUUCUAGAAGAAAAGCAUGUUCAUUGUUUUUCAGUUCCAACUGGGGCCAUACAUAGAGUCCUUACAUUUGGGGAGUUUAACUUUUAACUAGGUCCUCUCUGAAGGAUAAUGAGGUUGUACUAAUGAUACUGCCAGGACAUCUGUCCACUCUAAGCCUACCUUAGUGCAGGGGACUUAAUAAAAUGCUAACUGGCAUCAACUGCACGUUAGACUAGAUGAAUAUGCUCAUGAGGAGUAAAUUAGGGUAAAGCAGGUAAAUUAGGAUAAUUC